AUGAAACAAUCACCAGGUGGGAGGAACGACGGGCAGAGGAGACAUCCACGAGCACAGAGCAGAAUCAAUUGGGCCGACUUGGACCAACUUGACAAUGGUUGCAAAAACGAGAUAGAGGAGGUGAGUCGACUCCAGGCUGAUGUGAUUGAUAAAGUGAAUGGGGCGAAGCAAUUUGUGAAGGAACAAAAAGAGAAAUGUGUUGCGGACACGAUUAUAAUGAAACGGGACUACAUUCCCCAUACGGAUCAAAACCAGUUAGUAGCACAUGCCAUGAUUGAGGCGGAGACGUUUAUAGACAAACAUGAGACGACAGUUAAUAAUGGUAUCAAAAACAUGGACAAACUGAAAAAGAGGAUUGAAGAUGUUCAAAAAGUUGACAUAAUAGGAUUAAAUGAGAAGUUGACAGAAAUCUCCCAGAUUACCGAGAAUUUGAGAAUAGAAGUGUUAGAAAAGGAGAAGAAAAUGAGCGAGUUGAGUGUGUCAUACCAAAAUUUGAAGGAAACGUUCGAGAAGGUGAAAGAGCUUCAAAAGACUAAGAACGUCUUAAUUAAACAAAUCAAAAGGUCAUUAGGAAAAGACUUGGAGCAAGUCUUGGACUUCAAGAAUGAGGCUUUACUUCUGAGCUUCUUACAAUCAAUCGACAUCGACGAAUUUUGUCAAACAAAACUGAAACCCGAAGUCUUGUUAUCUCUGAUAUCGUAUUUGGUGUAUGACAUGUCGACAGAUAACAUCGAAACAAAAUUAACAUUCAUCUUACUGUCGCUCCACAGUCUGAAGGUCGAAGAAGUCCCUAAGAAGUAUGUGCCGUUCUUUAAAGAAGUCCAACAAACACUCCUUUCAUUCCGGGAAUUGCUGGCGUUCAAGGAGUGCCAUGAGUCAGUCCUCAUGAUUCUAUUUGUGUGCGAAGAAUUCAUCAAUCCAAAGUCCUCGUAA